AUGCAGCCCCUCGCAGCACGGUCGCCAGCGCGUUGGCAUGCCAAGAGCGAGCACCGUGGACGUGAAGACAUCGUGAGAGAGAAUCGUGAUGCUGCUGCUGCUGCUGCUGCUGCUGCUGCUGCUGUUGGGGCACAGCUCAAGGCGGCUGCGUGGGAUCCCGGUCUUCCUAUGACGCGUAUUAGACCUGUGACGGCGACCAGAGCUACGAAGAGCACCGCACGAAGCACACAGCCAGCCCGCACAUCGUCAGCCCGUGUACCGUCGUCGUCGCUGUCGACACCAGCUACCACCCAAGAAACCUCCUCCGCAAGGCCGUUGCGGCCCUCACAACCCAAGAAGUCGCCCUCUAAGUCGCCCGCCAAACCGAGGCCUAUACACAAGCCCAUAUCGUCCUUUUUCAGCGCCAUCCCGCAACGUCAACAGAGUGUUCCGCCUCAAAACCUGGACAAGACUGCUGCCUUGCUCGCCGAGGAAGAUGAGGACUUCAUUCAGGACUCCUCGGACGAGGGGCCGUUUAGAAUCUCUGAUACCAAGACCGAAUCGGUGACAGCUUUGGCUCUACGGAAACGCUCACGGAACACAUUGGCCGAUGGACUGAGUGGAGAAGGCGAAGGGAUUCCGGCCGGCAGCCAGAAGUUCUUGAAAACACAGAAGGGGACUCGUGGAGCUGCCCCAUUGCCUCAGCCUCUGAGUCUUGAGGUGGUCGAUCAGAGGCCGUGGACGGAGAGAUACGGGCCUGUCAAUCUUGACGAAUUAGCGGUACACAAGCGGAAGGUGCUGGAUGUCCGCAAAUGGUUGCAUGAUGUCUUCGAAGGCAGAGAGCGUAAGAGACUUUUACUCCUGAAAGGACCUGCAGGAAGCGGCAAGACUACCACAAUGUCCCUCCUCGCCGAUGACCUUGGGUUUGUCGCACACGAAUGGAAAAAUCCAACAAAUGCUGCUUUCGGAGACGGCGGCGUUUCCAUGACAGCACAGUUCGAAGACUUCAUCGGUCGGACCGGAAAGUUUGGGAGCCUGCAGUUUCAGAAAACAGAGAAACCACAAGCAAAGCCAGAAUCAGCUACGAAAUCUGGACGAGAAAAGGAGGUCAUCCUCGUUGAAGAGUUUCCGAAUACUUUCACUCCUUCAUCUGCAAGUGUGCAGGCCUUUCGAUCAUCAAUACAACAAUUCUUAGCCGUGAAUACCCCUUCAAUGGGAGCAUUCCUUGCUAGACAGAAAGAUCCUCAUCACUCAGUAACUCCAAUGAUUCUGAUAAUCUCUGAGACUCUUCUCUCUACUAAUACGGCUGCGGCUGAUAGCUUUACUGCGCAUCGUCUGCUUGGACCCGAAAUCUUGAACCAUACUGCCGUAACUACCAUAGAGUUCAACCCAAUUGCUCCGACACUUAUGGCGAAGGCUUUAGACCUUGUUGUGAAGAAAGAAGCACGGAAGACGGGCAGACGGAAGACUGCUGGGCCUCAAGUAAUCCAACGGCUGUCGGAGGUUGGUGAUAUCCGGAGUGCGGUGUCAUCGCUCGAAUUUCUCUGUGUCCGCGGAGACGAUCAAGACGGAUGGGGUGCCAAAGUCGCCUUCACAAAGCCGAAGAAGAGUGGACGAGACGCCGCACUUACAAAAAUGGAGCAGGAAUCGCUCGAAAUAAUCACUCAGCGCGAGAGCACUCUUGGUAUCUUUCAUGCUGUUGGCAAAGUUGUCCAUAACAAGCGGGACGCACCCAAUAGCACCAGCGACCUUAUUCCUCAACCACCAAAUUACUUUCCGGAGCUUAGGAGACCGAAGCAACCACAAGUUCACGUAGACGAGUUGAUAGGUGACCUCGGGACGGAUAUCCAGACAUUCAUUGCAGCUUUGCACGAGAACUACCUGCUAUCAUGCGAUGGUGGCAGCCCCGAAGACACCAUGGACUCCAUCAACGGGUGCAUCGACGCUCUCUCGGACGCAGACCUUCUCUCACCCGAUCGAUUCGGCUCCGGUGCGGCAGCGAGACUUACGUUUCAGGGCACAACCGCAGACAACCUACGCCAGGACGAGCUCAGUUUCCAGGUCAGUGUCCGUGGCCUACUAUUUAGCCUACCAUCUCCCGUGAAACGGAUCACACCGCCAGCCGGAACAACAAGCAGUAAGGGGAAAGCUGGUAGCAGGACCAGUGCCUUCUCGAUGUUCUACCCUACGUCACUCCGGAUCUGGCGACAAAGAGAGGAGAUUGAGGGAAUGCUUGAUAUGUGGAUUGGCCGAGCUCAGAGUGGUCAGCUAUUCGCUCCCCUCCUUGAGGCGGCCAAGAGAAAGGACGGUAAAGCUGGCGGCGUGGAGUCCUGGAGGAGGAACGGAUCGUUAUCACGUACCACUGAUUCCCGAUCAGACCAGCCGUCGAAGACUAAGGCAGAGGAAGAGCCAAGCUUAGUACUUCUCGGGAGCGGCAGCUCGGCCAAGCAUGAAAUGCUGCUCGAACGUCUACCUUACAUUGCGCUCGUCAUGCGGAACCGGAUAUCGGCGACGAAAUCGGGUAAUUUGAGAGACGUCGAGAAAGUGACAGCGUUUCACGGCAUUGGUGGCUCCAGCGAGGAAGCUCUUGAUGACGACGACAGAAACACGGAUCUUGAGCAGUGGAGUACUGAUCCUCCAACUGCAGAAAAGAGGAAUAUUCGAAGACUUGGUAAGAGUACCAGUGGGAGAAGCGAGUCUGCGAUACCUGCGACAGCUGUUGAGAACGAUGUUGCGAAGCUGGUGCUUAGUGAUGACGAUAUUGAGGACGAUUGA